AUGACACUAGGUGGUCUCCCAUUGAUGGAUGGCUAUGAAAUUCCACUUAAAUUCAAAACUAAUCUGCAUACAAAGGGUCAGCAAUUAGAGUAUGGGGAAAACCUAGGACUUGUGCAGAUUAUUGACUUUUCAACUAACAAACUUUGUGGAGAAAUUCCUGGCCAACUGUUUGGGCUUAAAGAGUUACAAUCCUUGAACUUAUCUUAUAAUGAUUUAACAGGAGAGAUAUCAGAGAGAAUUGGGGAGAUGAAAAAUCUAGAGUCUCUUGACUUCUCCCAUAACAAUCUUCAUAGGAAUAUUCCUUUGAGCAUGUCUAGUCUAUCUUUCUUAAGUCAUUUGAAUCUGUCAUAUAAUGAUUUCAAAGGACAAAUUCCAUUGGCGACUCAGCUUGAAAGUUUUGAUGCAUGGAGUUACAUUGGGAAUCCAGAACUUUAUGGAGCUCCUCUUCAAAAGAACUGCACAAUACAUGAGAAAGUAGACAAUAACCAACAAGUUGGAGGAAAUAAUGAAGAUGACACUUUUUUGAAGUCAUUGUAUCUUGGAAUGGGAGUUGGAUUUGCAGUGGGAUUCUGGAUAAUUUGUGUGACAUUCGAUAAAAGCAAUUGUUGUAAUGACAAUGAUAGAAUUUUACUGUUAAUCUUCAAACAAGGGGUCGUGGAUCCUUCCAACCUCCUAUCUUCAUGGUCCACUAAACAAGAUUGCUGUCAAUGGCUAGAAGUUGAGUGUGAUCGCAACACAAGCAGAGUCAAAACCCUUGUUCUGCCACCGCCAGACGGAAAUCUACAUGGUUCAGAAUUCUUGAGAGGUGAAAUCAACUUAUCUUCAUUACUUGCUCUUGAAUUUCUGGAAUCCUUGGACUUAAGCUACAAUGACUUUGAACGUUUAAGCACACCAUCUAUGAAUAACUCUGAUGUUGCUCACAGUCACUUACCUGCAAACUUCUCAAAGCUUUCUGAAUUGAGCUUAUCAAAUAAUAUUCAUCUUCACAUUGAUGAUCUUCAUUGGCUUUCUCAACUUUCUUCCCUGACAACUCUCGAUCUCGAAAGCGUUCAUCUUCCCCUGGAAACAAGUUGGGUUCAAUCAUUGGCUUCGCUACCUCUGAAGCGAUUAUAUUUGCGAGAUUGUCAUUUGAACAGCUUCAUCCUAUCUAGCAAGAAUGUCAAUUUUAGCUCAGUUUCAGUUCUUGAUCUCAGUCUAAAUGAGUUUAGAUAUGGAUUGCCUGACUGGUUGUUCAAUCUCAGCAAAGAUUGCGACCGUCUUUAUCUCAAACAGUGCAACUUAAGAGGUCCAAUUCCAGAUUUUUCAGUUUAUCGAAACCUGCUUUACUUAGAUCUGUCUAGCAACAAUCUCCAAGGAACAAUACCUGAUUGGUUAGGCCAACUUGAACAUUUAUAUAGCCUUCAUCUAUCUAAUAACUCGUUUCAUGGCUUCUUUCCUUCCAAUCUCGGAAACUCAUCAGCUUUAUCAAGUUUUGAUAUUAGCUUCAAUAACUUGAGUGGGACACUUCCAAAGAGCCUUGAGCAAACAGCCUUCAUGCUUUUGGAUCUGUCUCACAACUCAUUUAAUGGAGAUAUCUCAAAGUUGUUAUUAAAAGGGUAUUUUAUAUCCAUGUCAUUUAAUAAAUUUGAAGGACAACUUCCCCGUAUUUCACCUAAUGUCAUUGUUUUAGAUUUGGCUCACAACUCUUUCUCUGGAUCUUUAUCUUCUCUACUAUGUGACGCACAAAGUGGUAACAAUUUUCUGUACUAUUUAGAUAUAUCAAAUAAUUUUCUCACCGGAGAACUUCCAGACUGUUGGAACAAUUGGGCAAACUUGUCCCAUAUAUACUUAGGUAGUAACAUGUUUUCAGGUGAAGUUCCUCCAACAAUGGGUUCAUCGUUACUUUUGCUAAGUACACUAGAUUUACAUAAUAAUGGCUUCUUUGGAGAUAUACCACAGACUUUCCAAUAUUGCAUGUCUUUGGUAUUGAUUAAUCUUGAAGGAAACAAUUUUUCUGGAAAAAUACCAGAGUGGACGCAACAAAACAUAUCAGUUGUGAAAUUGAGAUCCAAUCAAUUCAUUGGAAUCAUUCCACCACAACUAUGUAGCCUCUCUAAUUUAAUUGUAUUGGAUCUUGCUGACAACCAGCUUUCUGGAUCGAUCCCUCCUUGUCUCAACAACUUAACUAGCUUGGCUUUAGGACUUCUUCCUAAUGCUUUAAUCACCAAAGCUAAUGAUCUAAGAGUAGAGGUCGGUCUCCCAAUCUCUUAUGAAUACAGAGCUGGAUUGUACACAAAGGGUCAGUUAUUAGAGUAUGAGAGAAGCCUAAAACUUGUGCGAAACAUUGACCUUUCAGCUAACAAAUUAUCUGGUGAAAUUCCUGUUCAAUUAUUGGACUUGCACAAAUUACAAUCCUUGAACUUGUCUCAUAAUCAUUUGAUAGGAAAGAUACCAGAGCAAAUGGGAGGUUUGAAAGACCUAGAGUCUCUUGAUUUCUCCCACAACAGACUUCAUGGGAAUAUUCCUAAAGUAUGUGGUCAAAUUCCAUGGGGGACACAACUUCAAAGCUUUGAAGCUUGGAGUUACGCUGGUAAUCCUGAACUUUGUGGAGCUCCUCUUCAAAAUAACUGCACAAUACAAGAAAAUCCAAACAAUACGAAGCAAGUUGAAGAAAACGAUGAUGACACUUUUUUGAAGUCGUUGUAUCUUGGAAUGGGACUUGGAUUUGCUGGAGGUUUCUGGAUAGUCUGUGGCUCUGUGCUCCUCAUUGGAAAAUGGAGGCAUGCUUAUUUUCGUUUCUUUACUGGCUUGGUUGAUCGAAUCUAUGUUACUAUGGCUAUAAAGCUUCGAAGACUUCGCUAA